AUGGAGUUCCCGUUAAUUUCUCGGGCUCCGUACCGUCCGACGACGUCGUAUUCUUCUUCUUAUAAAGUUUGUCUCUGUGACUUUCCGGUGAGUUUAAAGAAGAGAGUGAAAAAAUCUGUCGCCGAAAAAGUAAGGUCGUCGGUGAUGAGUGUUAGAGCUUCGGCGGAGCGGAGUAGUGAAAGUAUUGACGGAGAGAGAGAAAGUGGGGGAGGGUAUACGAGUUCGGCGAUGAAGGUGACCACAUUUAAUCAAAGCUUCGGUGAAGCUGAAUUCCCAAUUUGGGACAAAAUCGGAGCCAUUGUUAGACUCAGCUAUGGAAUCGGAAUAUAUGGCGCGAUGGCUUUAGCUGGAAGGUUCAUAUGCUCCAUGACAGGAGUCGAUUGCACCGGAGGCUUCUAUCCAUCAUUAGAUGCAAUUGUUGUAGGACUGGGAUAUGCAGCUCCUCCAAUUAUGGCCCUUCUCUUUAUACUGGAUGAUGAAGUUGUGAAGAUUUCGCCUCAUGCUCGUGCCAUCAGGGAUGUAGAGGAUGAGGAACUGUGGAGUUUCUUUUAUGGAAUGUCACCGUGGCAGUUUAUACUAAUUGUUGCUGCGAGCUCAGUUGGAGAGGAGCUUUUCUACCGCGUUGCUGUUCAGGGAGCAUUGGCUGACAUAUUUCUAAGGAGCGCCGAUUUGGUGACAGAUGCUCGUGGAAUGGCAUCGUUGACUGGUAUGCUACCUCCAUUUGUCCCAUUUGCUCAAGCUUUUGCAGCUGUGAUCACUGCUGCUCUUACUGGUUCCCUUUAUUAUGUGGCCGCCUCUCCGAAAGAUCCUACUUAUGUCGUUGCACCAGUGUUGCAUUCUCGCUCUGGUCGUGAAGAUCUCAAAAAGCUCUUUGCAGGUUCAAUCCCUUCCUCCUUACUUGAAACCACAAAUAUGAAUCUAUCUUCCUUGUUUUACAUGGCUCUUAAGUCAUUAGACCGAUUCAUGUGUUUUCUUGUGAUUUAUACAAUGGCACCUCUCUUGGUUUCCUCUUUCCAGCCCUUGGCACUCCUACUUUCCUAAGUAUCAUGCAUGGUAAUUAAACAGUCUAGAAGCACCUUACCUACUUGACGUUUAAAAUUAUACAUAUUAUCAUGUAAGCACCUUACCUACUUGACAUUUAAAAUUAUACAUAUUAUCCUGUUGUAUUUUCGUACCAAAGUGAAAUAAUUGAAGCCGUUAACAUAUUAUAAAAUUAAUAUAAUACUCAGGUUAUAAAAUUAGAUUUUUCGUAUGAUUUACUUUCACUCAUGUACUGGACAAAAAUCACUACUAAGGCGGCUGAGGUAGAUAUCUUCCAUUCUUCAACAUGCCGAGUCUUUUCUUCCCUCAAGUGAGGCUUUUGAUUAGGGGCCGAAAAUUACUUAGUCAUGAUUUCUCUUCUAUGUUUUUUUUUGAUUUGGGAUAUAUUAUAAAGGCUAUUUUAGGCGCUUAAACAAUAUUCUUUUGGACGGAAACAAUAGAAACCAUAGUUUUAAAAUCCAGCCCGGACAUCAACCCGACAGAGGGGCCAGGUCAACGGGUUACUGAUUCAACCGUUGGAUCACUGGU